GUCAGAAGAAAACAAGACAGAGAGCGCAGAAGGAAGGAAGACCCUAUGAACACAAACUUUACUCAGUUUUGUGGUACUCUUAAGAACGGUCGUAGGUUCGUAGGUUUUUUAUAGGACCAUUUAAGACGGGAAAGUGAAGGACUGAAGUUAAGUGUUGUAUGUGUAGAAUAGAGACCUAAAGGCCAAUUUUACUGCAAGAUGCCUCUCCUGUUUGCUGUUGUUGCGAGGGGAAAUACAGUGCUGGCCAAAUAUGCAGGAUGUGCUGGAAACUUCACUGAAGUCACAGAUCAAAUUCUGAGCAAAAUUUCCCCAGAAAAUGCCAAGCUUACAUACUCACAUGGCAGCUACCUUUUCCACUAUGUAUCAGAAGACAGAAUAAUCUAUCUUUGUAUAACAGAUGAUGAUUUUGACAGAAGCAGAGCUUUUUUAUUUUUGAAUGACAUCAAGAGGAAAUUCCAGACUCAGUAUGGCACGCGCUCACAGACAGCUCUGCCAUAUGCAAUGAACAGUGAAUUUUCCAGGGUUUUAGCUGCCCUUAUGAAACACUACAGUGAGAACAGGCAAGCAGGUGCCUCAGCAUCUGGAUACCAGGAUGAGGAAGCAAAUGUAGACAAAGUAGCAAAAGUUCAAGGUCAAGUGGAUGAGCUCAAGGGAAUUAUGGUCAAGAAUAUAGAUAGUAUGGUUUCACGAGGAGAGAGGCUGGAACUGCUUGUAGAUAAAACAGAGGACUUAAGUUCCCAUUCUGUUCAGUUUAGAAAAUCUAGUCAGAAUCUUGCAAGGUCACUGUGGUGGAAGAACGUAAAAAUUACAAUUGUUGUUGCAGUGAUAGCUAUUAUUGUUUUGUACUUGAUUGUAUCAUGGGCUUGCGGGGGAUUGGAUUGGCCUUGUACAAGGAAACAAUGAACAAUUACAGACACAAACUAUUAUUAUAUUAUAUAAUAUUGUUUCAACUGCCUCCCGGCAGGAUGUGUAUAUUGAGAAGAUAUAUGUUACUGUAUGGGUCAUAAUAUCACCUCAUCUAUUUAAGGUUGUAAGAUCUUAAAGGUCCAUAAAAUAUUGGUUUCAUUAACUGGUUGGUGACAUAAUAGAGAACUGUCUCUAUAUUCAUGUUCUCAUAUAUCCAGGAUUUCUAUUUGAAUACCCUUGUAAUAUUAUAACUACAUUUGAUGGCAUUUAUUCAAAUGAUGAACCAUAUUACAAAGUCCCAGAGUACAUGGGUGGAUUACUUCUUGAAUGUGUUCAAUUUGUUAUAUACGGUAUAUAAGGGUGAAGAUUAUUGUAUGAGCAUGGAACGGGAGUCGGCAUAGAUUAAGAUGGUUUUCACAUUCCACCUAUACUGCCUGUUUGUUACAUGAAAAAGUUGAGUAAAAAAUCCACAGCCGUUUUUCUGGUGAUAAAGGCAUGACAUGACAAAAUGGAGUAGUGUUGGUGCAGUUCUGGUGAGCCUGUGAUGUCAUCAUAGAGUGGUGCUCUAAGUAGUCCUACUAAGUUUUACAGUAAUAAUCUAGCAGACAAUAAAUGUGCCAAGAGACAUGUACACCUGGAGGAAUGUGAACUUAAAUUUCGAUCUGUAAUUCUGUUACUUUUGACCCGUAAUUCUGUUACUUUUGAUCUGAAGUUUUGUUAUUUUUGAUCUGUAAAUCCAUACCUGAUAUGUUUGCUGUUCACAGGGAGCCAGUACACCACCGGUACACUAAUUUCAGAUUGGUUGAGAAAUCCCAUUUAGUUUGUUAUUAUUAUUGUUUGUUCAAUACUGCGUCUUUUAUCCUUUCUUCAUAGAGAAGAUAGGUAAUUUGAAAAGUAGUUGGUUCUGUUAUUUUCUUACUAAUAUGUCAAGAUCUCAUAUUGAUAUAGUUCUCUUUGGCGAGGCACGUAUGUUAAAAGAGUAAUUAAAUCACGAAUAUUGCUAAAUAUGGAAAAUAACUCUUCAUUGACUCCUGUACCAGAGGAUGUGCUCGUUUGGUGUAAGGUGUACGACAGACGGUGUAAUGAGUCCUUGAUUUCUUUUACGUAAAACCGUUAUUUGUAAUCCACCAUUCGUUUUAUCUUUUUGUACCCAUCUUGUAUUGAUUUCACUUCUGAAGAGAAUAAUUUACAAUGGUUCAAAACAAAUGCUCGUAUGUCUUUAUUUCAAGAUUAUUAUAUGUAGAUAAUCUGUAGCAUGUCUUUUUACAAAAUUUAACCGCACAAGUGCGGUAGGUAAGUACUUGCAAAGAUCAAAGAGGUGACUAGUUUAAAUGAUGUAUUUAUGAAAAAAUGUUCUUUGGAAGCGAAAAAUAAAGAACACCGAUGCAAUCCUGCUAUAAAGCCAAUACCGAAGCGUGAAAUACUCACAAGAAUCGCUUAAAAUUGUAGGAUUUUGUGUAUAGAACAAGGUAAAAGUGCCCUUUAAUUAAGUACCACAAAGUGUGGCACGGUUGCACAGCAUGUGUGUGCAAAUGGCAUUCACAUAGCGCCAGAGGUAGUAUUAUCUGCUAUUGAAAUGUUGAAAACGACUUCUGAAAAAGUUAAUUUAUUGUGUUUUUAAUUGACUGGACUCGAAACAAAUGGUGAGUGAAAUUUUUGAAUGCGGGCCUGCAAACCAAGGCCUUGGGAGUAAAAGCCACCGUACACCACCAGAGCCAGUAGUUUCAACUGGACUGGCCCUUUCUAAAGAGACGAGGUUUUUAAGCGAGGCGUGUGAAAGUUGCGGCUGCGCAUAAAAAAAAAAUGAAAAUGAAUAUAUUUAAGAAUGUCAUGUUGCUUAUUAAUUCAUUUCUAAAGAAAUCGCUUGUCAGUCAAGAACGUAACGUUCUUCGUUUUGUUCAAUA